AUGGCGAUCAAUAAGGAUUUUGUUGAUCCUGCUCCUUGGACCGAGCCGUUGGAUGCUCAGCAAUACGGAAAUGCCUGUUACAGCGCCGGAGGAGCAGUGAACCCAGCGGAGGACUGUCUACUCGUCAAUGUCUGGACAUCCAACUUGAAUCCCAAUCAGAAAGUUCCUGUCCUGGUUUACAUCCACGGAGGCGGUUACGUUUUCGGCGACGGAAACGUCGACCCUUGGUAUUUUAUCGACAGGGAGGAAAUUGUCUUCGUGUCUUUCAACUAUCGUCUAGGAUCCUUGGGUGAGUCGGAAAUUUCUACAUCCACGGAGGCGAAUCGAUAUUCGCUACCAUUCGUUUUUGUGCCGGUGGAGAACGAUGGAGAUAUUUUCAAAGGAACGAAAGAGCAGAUUUUGUCAUCUGGCAGCUUUUUGCAAAUCCCUUGGCUGGCUGGUAAUGCGAGGGACGAGGGCUCAUUAAUCGUCGGAGAUUCUCUCUCCAGUCAAAGUGCCAUGGAUUAUUUGAGCCUAAAUUGGCAGGAUCUGUGCCCUGGGGUCAUGGAUUUGAGUGGAAUUAUCGACUCCGCAGAAGUGACGAGACUUUGCGAAGAAAUCGCUUUCCAUUACAUGGGGAAUGAGCAGAUAUCGUUCGACAAUUACUACAAUUACUUGCAGGUUUCCGAACUC